AUGGCAGCUCUGAUUGCAGAGAACUUCCGCUUCUUGUCACUCUUCUUCAAGAGCAAGGAUGUGAUGAUUUUCAACGGGCUGGUGGCAUUGGGAACGGUGGGCAGCCAGGAGCUGUUCAGUGUGGUGGCCUUCCACUGCCCCUGUUCGCCGGCCCGAAACUACCUGUAUGGACUGGCAGCCAUUGGUGUGCCUGCCCUGGCGCUUUUUCUCAUCAGCAUCAUCCUUAACAACCACACUUGGAACCUAGUUGCUGAGUGCCAGUACCGGAGGGCCAAGAACUGCUCAGCAGCCCCCAUCUUCCUGCUCCUGAGCUCCAUCCUAGGCCGUGCUGCCGUGGCCCCCGUUACCUGGUCUGUCAUCUCCCUACUGCGUGGAGAGGCUUACAUCUGUGCCCUCAGUGAGUUUGUGGACCCCGCCUCACUGACAGACCGGCAAGAGGACUUCCCCCCAGCCCAUGCCACUGAAAUCCUGGCCAGAUUCCCCUGUGGGGAGGGCCCUACCAACAUGUCACAUUUCCGGGAGGAGGUGAGCCGCAGGCUCAGGUACGAGUCCCAGCUCUUUGGAUGGCUGCUCAUCGGUGUGGUGGCCAUCCUGGUGUUCCUGACUAAGUGCUUCAAGCAUUACUGCUCACCACUCAGCUACCGCCAGGAGGCUUACUGGACACAGUACCGCACCAACGAGGAUCAGCUGUUCCAGCGCACAGCCGAGGUGCACUCGCGGAUACUCGCUGCCAACAACGUGCGCCGCUUCUUCGGCUUCGUGGCUCUCAACAAGGAUGAGGAGGAGCUGGUGGAGAAGUUUUCAGUGGAGGGUACACAGCCACGGCCUCAGUGGAACGCCAUCACUGGUAUCUACUUGUACCGGGAGAACCAGGGACUCCCACUCUACAGCCGCCUGCACAAGUGGGCACAGGGUCUGGCAGGCAACGGAACAGCCCCUGACAUGGAGAUGGUCCCGCUCGCCUCCUAA